AUGGUUGCGGGUAAGCCUGGCUUCACAGUAUGGUUUCUAGCCAUGGCGCGACAAGCCCAAUGGCUUACACUGCUAGCUCUAGUGCUUAGCAGGUGUUUAUAUUGUAUUUCAUUACAGGACUUCCAGAAUUUCAAGUCCCAUACCUACUGCGUGCAGCCCAAGUGCGGUUUGACCAACUUGGCCUGCCAUAACAGCGGAAACUUUAGCGCCCACUGCAAAUCGGGUGUGCGGGUCGUGCCGUUGGGCAAGUACAAGCCGACGAUCUUAAAUAUGAUUAACGAGUUUCGCAACACGUCGGCCCAUGGCUAUACACGCACACUCUUUCCGGCCGCUCGAAUGGUGCGCAUGAUCUGGUCCGAGGAGCUGAUGCAGUUCGCCGUCAUGGAUGUGAUCCGUUGCCUGCCCAGACCGAGGCCCUGCAUGUCCUCGCCGCACUAUCGCCCCAUCGGCUCCAUUUUCGAUCAGUUCAACUAUCCGGGCAGCAUCGACAUCCACACCAACAUAAAUAUAAUACGUACGCUGAUCGAGAGAUGGAUUGCAGACGCAUCGUAUGUGUCCAAAUCUUUGUCAAUGUACCUGACGCCUGCGCUGCCGAAACCGAGUGUGCGGCGACCCAUUCUACUAAUGUCCGAUCGGAACUCGCACGUAGGCUGCGCUGCCUUGAGAUUUACGAACGAGUACUAUCACCAUUUCCAUAUCAGCUGCGCCUUCUCCACAGACACCAUGCUGCAUAAGCCCAUCUAUAAGAUAGGCCCCAGUGCGGGCAGCAGCUGCCGGCGUCUGGAUAGAAAAUAUAAAAACCUAUGUGCGCCUGGCGAACGAUAUCCUUAUGUGCAUAAGGAGUGGGAAAGUGGCUCGAUUUUGCCAGAAGACUAGAUGCACAAAUGUUAAGCGAAAGAUAGGGAUUCUUUCUUCUCGUUACAACCGUUUGCAAUGCUCAUUAGCAUAUUGAACAAUAACACUAGGCGUCUGAUGCACUUCCUUCUAAGAUCAUAAUUUAAAUUCGUAUAUGUACUUAGUAGAUGUAGUGUGUAAGUUCUUGAAAUUGGAAAAUAUUGGAGAGUUUCAUGUUAAGUAAUUUUAGGUAGUGUAGGAUAUUCGCUGUCUCCUGCCAAUAAGCUAUUUUGCUGUUUUCCAAAAAUACAAUAAA